CCGGAGGGACCCAAGAAAAAACCUAUACACACAUACACGAUACGAGUGGAGCGCACGCACCGCCGAUGUCCUAAAUUCUUUGAAUCAUCACGGAAAGCUGAUGAGGGCGGGAUUGAAAACAAGUACCGUUGCUAAUGCUGCUCUGCUUGCCCUAAAUUAGACCCGACUCUCUUCUGUGUUCAUCUAUGGAGGUGUCCGAGCCCGAAUGCCAAGGUCCUGCUAUUAUAGCCCUCGGCUCUCUCUUCAGGCUCACUGAAAUCCAUUUAUGGGACGAUGGGUCGGCGGAGGCGCGAGAUCGGUCUUCUUUCCAGAAAGCAGCUCAGGAAGGUGACGAUGACAAUGAUAAGGAUUCAGACGUCCAUUUUACAAGUACAGAUGCCAAUGUUUUAUCAGAGGAUGAGGAACUUACUCGACAGAUGAAUGCACUGGGACUUCCUCUCUCUUUCAACACAAACAAAGAGAAAAGGAGUGGAAAGACUAAAGGAAAAAGAAAGGGCAUGCGGCAGAAACAUACAGACACUUGUCAAGACACUUUUGGUGAAGCAGUGGAGUCCUCCAAAGUGAGUGAUAUAGAUAAUCCAGCAAGUUUGUCUGAGCUCCUUUGUGUCUCUGGCAAGGAACAAAAUCAUACUGGGAUACUUUGCACCGUCGGUGCUGAUGACCAAGAUUCAGACUCUGAGCACAGAAAUGUUAAGACCAAAGAUCACGGGGAAAAUGCAGUAAAUUCUACUAGCUCUGACACUGGACUUUCCUCUAGAAGUUGCUUGACCGAUGUUGUCGCUGAACAUGGUCAUACAGAGCAAGGUGAUGGAAUAAAGGGGUGUAACCUUUUAGAAGUUUCUUCUUCUGCUUUGCAUGAAGCAGCAUAUGGAAGUAUUUGUGAAGGCAAUGGCACCGAGGAGCUAGAGGUUCCUGAAUCAGCUGCAUAUUCCUCUAAAACACUUGUCGUUGAUGGAACUGCAAAGUAUGAAUGCAGUGGUGAUUUCGGAGAUUGGAUCGUGUGUUGGGAUUCGUACUACUCUAGAAACUACUUUUAUAAUAACACAACACAGACUUCAACAUGGUAUCCACCGGAAGGAAUGGAACAUCUAGCAAUCUGUGACAACAAAUGUAAUUCAAAUGAAAUAGUUACCGAGUUAACCGAGAUGGAUGCUAGUCCUACUAUAAAUGCACCAGAUUUAUGCAUUUCGCAAAAUAAAGUUCAAUUUAAGAAAUCUAUGGAUAAUAACUUAUUAGUUGGUCUGGUAUAUGAUGAGAUCUUGGAGGGGGUUGGACUUACUGCUUGCAAUUACGUGUCUGCAUUGAAUCCUCUGCCUGUGACUCGUGGCAGAAAUAUUGACGAUUUGGACGAACUCUGCGAGACCUAUGGUACUGGUAAUGAAAACGACGAAUGCUUAUUAUCAAGUUGUAUGUAUUCAGGUGAUGGAAUUCCAGCAAUUCCGUUGGAUACCCAGCAUGGCCCUUCUAUCACAAAACGUAAAAAGAAAGCGAGGAAAACAAAAAACCAGAGAAAAAUUUCAAAUGAAAAGGAAGCACGUAAGUUUCAAGAGCUGGUAGAGUUUUCUGAUGGUAUUGGAAAAUACUGGUGGCAGAGGUAUCUAUUGUUUUCCAGAUAUGAUGAUGGUAUAAAAAUGGACGAGGAAGGAUGGUUUUCUGUGACUCCAGAGCCUCUAGCAAGACACCAUGCUUUUCGUUGUGGUAGUGGCACAGUAGUUGACUCUUUCACUGGUGUGGGUGGAAAUGCUAUCCAAUUUGCACAGAGGUGUGAACAUGUAACUGCAGUUGAUAUUGAUCCAAAGAAGAUUGAAUAUGCCCACCAUAAUGCUACCAUCUAUGGGGUAAAUGAUCGAAUAGAUUUUGUUAAAGGGGAUUUUUUCCUUUUGGCUCCAAGGUUGAAGGCAGACAUAGUCUUCUUGUCACCUCCAUGGGGGGGACCUGAUUAUGCUAAAGUGGAGACUUAUGACAUUAAAACAAUGCUUAAGCCACAUGAUGGAUAUUUUCUCUUUAAUACUGCAAAGAAGAUCGCUCCUAAAGUUGUAAUGUUUCUCCCAAGAAAUGUUGAUCUCAACCAGUUGGCAGAGCUGUCUCUGUUAUCUAGUCCGCCAUGGUCACUAGAGGUGGAGAAGAAUUUUGUAAAUGGAAAGUUAAAGGCCAUAACUGCUUACUUCGUUGAUACGGCAAUUACAGGAAACCAACAUCAUUCACCUUUAUAUCAUGAAAAGGGGUGGUGGACUUUUUGUGAAUAUUAAUCAGCUCUCGAAGUAGCCAGGAAAAUUCAGCUAUCAAGUGUUGUAUAGCUCGGGCGUUUACAAAGGAGGAAGCUUCUGCAUAGUCGGUUGCGUGUUCGACUUCAAAGUUAUGAAUCCAAUGGAGAUGGAAAGAAAAAGAAGAUAACUCAAAGACAAAGCCUACUUGCUUGUGAUCGACUUAUGGUUUUGCCCUCCUUUUUUAUACACACACACACACACACACACAUAUAUAUAUUUGCCCCUAAUGUAUAUGGUCUUUCAUAUUUAUAAUAUGUUUUCUAGUUUAUUACAUGAGAAUCAGAGUUGGGUUAUCUAAUUUGAGUCAAGGAUUUCUGAUUAAUUAUUUAAUCAAGUAAAUCCUGUACACUGAUUCACUAGAACA